AUGGAUUCUUAUUCACUUUCUCGGGAGCCUGGGCACGGGCCCCUUGAUCUUGAGGAAACAACCAAGAGAAUCGACAUUGGCAUACGACCUCUCCCUGCUCCUACCAAGGUGGAAAAUAGUGACGAGCAGCAACUGGCUGUGGCCUUCAGAAUGCUUGAAAGUAGAGAUUUCGCAGGUGCUGAGUCUGCAGCCGUGAAGGGAGUCAAGAUGAGGGUUGGCAAGCACAAAUUCCACCCCGAGCUCUACGCCCUUCUUGCCGAGAUCAAGAUGGCACAAGGACAGGUGGAGAUGGCAUACAAGUAUGCUGAAAAAGCUCUGGAAGGCUGGCAUGCAGCGCGCCAUCCCGAUAACAUCACGACCCUUUCGUACCUUCGAAACUUGCUGGCUUCCCGCCACCUCACGAAUCUUGACUUGGUGGCAGCUCGUCCCUACUUGGAUGUCAUUAGUCCCCAGACAGUCGCGGGUAUGUCCAAGAACGAUGUCACAGAGCACGAUGUUUACAAACUGCUCCAACUUUGCCUCGAGCAAGAACCUUCCCGAAACGCUCUGAAAGACAAGAUCAAGAGCCGCAUUCCCCUUUGCAAACCUGCCUACACCUGGCAGACUCCCUAUGACCCCAAUCACACUGAGCCAGCAAGACCCUUGGUUGACGCGAAACUCCUAUCAGGCGACGGACCGUUUAACCUGUUCCUCGCCGGUCCAGGAGACGGGCGUCACUUCUUCGCAACUGUCAUCGAGGCAGCCAAGCUAGCGUCUCAGAGAAAGAUGGAGAACGUGGAGGCAGUGCCUCAACAACUUCACUUGACCAUCUGUGAUCACCACCCAGCAGCGAUUGGCCGCCUUCUCGUGAUGCUCCAGCUGAUGGAGACAGAGAGCCGCAAAUUUGACGAACAAGACCGCGAGGUCUAUUCCGCCUCGCUGGCUUUUGUCUUCAGCUCUCCCAUCAUCCCGCACCGCGCAGCAGAGGCAGUUCGUGCUGCGGCCAGUCUCGUCAACUACGCUCUACACAAUUGGAACAACCCCAAAGCUAAUUUGUUCCACGACUACAUUCAAAUGUCCAAGUCAACUCGUGAGCAGGUUGCAUCCUUCGUCACCAAAUGGUGGGAGCCAUGCGACCAAGGAUAUUCACUUCAGAUUGUGAACGACACUAUCCUCAAGUCGAACUAUAUGAACCAACUUCAGCAGAACGAUCCGAGAAAGUGGCUUGCUAUGUUUCCCAAUGCCUCGCUCAGUACCCAGGCUGAGACCGAGAUCUCCAACCAUGUUGGUAUCCUUGGCCUCCCAAAAUGCUUCGUCCACCUCGACUCAGACGAUGAGGAAUCUGAUGACGAGGACGAUUGGCCGGCAUUUGGUGGUGGAGACCCUCGCAUCACAGACGAGCAGCUCUACAAGAUGAUUCAACAGUAUCAUGCACUGUGCAAGACCACCACUGGAAGCGCCAGCGCCCGGGAUCAACAGAGGAAAGAUCUCGUCGAUCUCAUGAGAACCCACAUAACUCUUUCGUGGAAGGUCAACGCUACCAUGCUCGCAGAAGACGUGGAUAGAUUCAAAGGUAACGGCCGGAGGCACAAAACUUUUGCUGUGCCCAAGUUUGCGGGCUGCUACGGUGUAGCCGUUCUCCUGUCCGUAAUGGGACUUGUACCCAAGGUCGACCUUGAGAAUCCAACAAAUGCUCUGAAUGCACUCCAGGUCUUCUUCCGGAGCUUUUGGGACUCUUUCAAACAGAUCAGGGGCUCUCUCAAGCUGCACUUCGUACUCGGCGAUGCCAUCGACGUGUUGGAUCAGCUACGUUUGGGCUUGCCCAAGGGCGAACAUGAAAGCGACAACUCUGGUUUUCAAGGCAUUGCAAGCCAGGCCCUUUGCAAAUUUGACAGGGUUGAUUUGUCUAGUGUAGCCGAUGCCUCUGGCGGCCUCAUGGCCAUUUUCCUGACGGUUCCGCAUGUCUUAAAAUCCAGCGAUAAUGGCUUCCAGAUCACGUUUACCGCUUGGGAGGGUACUCUGGAAUACCGCAGUCAUGUCGACUACCUGAACGAGUUUCUCGGGCUUCAGAGGCGUGAGCUCAUCCCCGCCACAUAUGGUCUGACUCUUGACGAGGUCACCCAGAAAUUGGUGGACGAAGCCCCGCGUUCGGACCAAGCAAGGCCCUUGCACAUGGGCAUGCCAAUGGGAUGGAACAAAAUCGAGCUGAAGACACCGCUCACGGUGGCAUCCGGUAAACGAAACCUGAUUGCCAUGAUGCUCGACCAGCAUCUGCUCACCCUGUGUCUUUCGCCUCAUCCACGCAGCACCUUGAACCGCGACAAACGCUGUCAUCGAACCCACUCGCUCAAUCUGUCGUCGUACUUUCGUCUCGUGGCCCAACUCAGCGAUCGUGGAUUGGACCCCCACCUGUUGUUUCAACAGGUUGCCCGAAUCCUCACCCCAGACUUCGAAACGAAGGCUCGCUUCCCCACCGAGAUUUGGUCGUUCAAUGAACCUGAUUACAUGAGCGGCAAGCACAUGGAUCGCGAAUUUACGUGCAUCAACCUUCGUCCCUGGCACGCCGAGCUCAGCACCCUGGCCGUCAUCUGGCAGCGCCUCCUCAACUUCAGCAUCGUCACCAGCAAGCUCACCCUGCAAGACGUUAGCCGCUUUGAGCUGCUGCUUGAUUCAGACAGAGACAUUGAGAUUCCGAACCCCGAAGCGCCAGAGUUUGUCAUCGUCUUCGUCAAAGAACAUGAUCAGUACCUCUUCGACGGGUCGGGUCUCGCGAUGGCACUGGCCCGCGGCGAAUCGCCUGACGAAUUUGAGUUUGCAGAAUUUCUUCGAAACAACAGCCACGUCGUCACUACGUGGAAGUGGGACGGCGAAAAACAAGUAGCGUCGUUCUGGCUGCGCAGCGACGUUGUCGACGACAUGUUGGAAUCGUCGCAUCUGUGGAACGCCUUCCUCUAUCGCUCUGAUGAUUGGAACAUGUGUGUGGACGGCCCGUUUGACAUGGCAUGCAACAUCCUGAGGAAAUGCGAGCCAUGGCUUCAGGGUGAAUGGAAAGAGCCUGGCGAUAACGUGGGCGACUUCCUCCAGAGAUGGGUUGACGACAGAGAUGGCGAUCUCGAGACCGAACAACCCGUGGAUGAGGGCGAGUCCUCGAGCAGCAACAUUGCUACGAAGUAG